CUGUGUUAACAGCAACAUGAAGCUUCUACCAUCCCUGCUGAUCUUUGGGCUCCUGUUUCUUCAACACAAUCAUGGAUUUGAGUUUGUUAUAGAUGGAGAAUGGGAGGAAGAUAUGUUAUCAGAUUUAGAACAACACGAGAGGCACAAGAGAGCCAUUUUGACUAGUGAAGAGGAGAAAGACUUUGAGAUUGUCAGUGGUGAUGACAUCACCAUCAAAAGUUACAGAAUAGAGAGCCAUGUUACGUCACGUUUUGCUCACACCACUGUCAGAAGCCAUGUGGUCAACUCUGGGGCCCGAGCCCAGAGCAUCGGCUUCAACGUUCAGAUCCCCAAGAAAGCUUUCAUCUCUAACUUUACCAUGAAUGUGAAUGGAAUUGUUUUUAAGGGCUCUGUUAAAGAAAAGGCAGUGGCACGAAAUCUGUACAAUCGUGCCAAAUCUAGAGGCAAAGCAGCAAGCAUUGUGAGGGCAAACUCGCAGGAUAUGGAAACCUUUCAAACAGAAGUUCAUGUGCCACCUGGAAGUAACAUUGAGUUUGAGCUUAACUAUCAAGAACUGAUGCAACGCAAAAUGGGCAUUUACGAACACCAGCUGCACUUGCAGCCAGGCAGACUGGUGCCACACUUUCAGGUUGAUGUCUACAUUUUUGAACCAAAGGGUGUUUCAAAAGUAGAAGCAACACACACUCUUGCUGGUCAUUUUACAGACUUUAUCAAAGUUACUACCACUGAUGAAAAGGCUCACAUAUCAUUUAAACCCAGCCUGCAGCAGCAGAGAAAGUGCAACAACUGCACUGGCAGUGCUAUAGAUGGCGUUCUCAAUGUUAAAUAUGAUGUGAACAGGGACAGCAAUGGAGAACUUCAGGUCUCAGAUGGCUAUUUUGUUCAUUUCUUUGCACCAACAAAUCUCUCUCCUCUUCCAAAAAACAUAGUUUUUGUGAUUGAUGUCAGUGGUUCUAUGUGGGGGGUCAAAAUGAAGCAAACAGUUGAGGCCAUGCAGGCUAUUCUGGAUGACAUGACAGUUGAUGAUCAUUUUAGCGUGAUUGACUUUAACCAUAAUGUACGGUGUUGGAAUGAGGAUCUAGUUCCAGGCUCAAGAUUACAGGUUGGAGAUGCCAAGAAAUACAUACAAAGCAUCAAGCCUAAUGGAGGCACAAACAUUAAUGAGGCCUUGAUGAGGGCAGUGCAGAUUUUAAUAAGAGCAUCCAAUCAGGGGCUCAUAGAUCCCCGAUCUGUGUCUAUGAUAAUACUGGUAUCUGAUGGAGAUCCUACUGUCGGUGAGACCAAACUUAGUACUAUUCAGAAGAAUGUGAAGCGAGUGAUGAGAGAAGAAUUUUCACUCUUCUCUUUGGGCAUUGGGUUUGAUGUGGACUAUGACUUUCUGGAGCGGAUAGCUAUGGAAAACCGAGGAAUGGCACAGAGAAUCUAUGCAAAUCACAACGCUGCUGACCAACUACGGGCAUUUUACAGCCAAGUGUCUGCUCCGCUUCUGAGGAGGAUUACAGUUCAGUUUCCAGAUGAUUCAGUGUCUGAUGUCACCCAGAAUAAGUUUGAUAAAUUCUUCAGUGGCUCAGAGCUGGUUGUGGCUGGAAAAGUGCUCCCCUCAGAUACAAACAUACUGACCAGCUAUACCACUGCAUCUGGUGCUGAUCUGGAUCUCACUCUGGAGACAGAAACAGACACCACUGAGCUGGAUGAGCGGCUGGCUAACCUGCACCACUCGUUUCCAGGUUUUGCCCGACAGUUGUGGGCUUACAUUACCAUCAAACAGCUGCUUGCUGAACGGGCUAUGGCUACAACAGCAUUAAAAAAGCGAAAGAUUACUCAAAAGAUCUUGUCUCUGGCAGUAGAGCAUCAGUUUGUCACUCCACUUACUGCUUUACUGGUGGAAAAUGAAGAUGAAAGUGAGCGUCUGCUGGCUGAUUCCCCAAAAGAUGCCAAACAUGGAUGCUGCUCAGGUGUAGGUGUGAGCCCAGUAUCAGUGGUUUAUGAGCAUCCCCCCUGGGUGCUCUUUCCUACCCCUGCACCUCCCAGUGACGCUAAAGGUUCAGAAGAGUGGGCCUUGCCCCAAACAGUCAACUUAGUGGAUAAUGAUCCCCACUUCAUAAUCCACCUGCCAAGACAAAAUAUGGAUGUAUGCUUCAAUAUUGAUUCUAAACCAGGCCAUAUUCUCAAUCUACUGUCUGACAGUAGUACAGGGGUUGUUGUAAAUGGUCAACUCAUUGGCUCAAAGAAGUUGCACAAGAACAAACUCAACACUUAUUUUGGGACUAUCUCCGUGUAUUUCCAGCCAGAGGGGCUCAGUGUCACUGCCAGCACUGAGAACAUCACAGUUUCAGAUGAAAGACACAGCCAUGUCUUUUCCUGGGAAGCCACAACAGAUAUCACUCAGGAUGGUGUGAGGAUUCACAUUCUGAAGAAGUCAAAUGUUACAAUUACAAAUGGUAAUUUUCAAGUUACCGUGCUGCUUCAUCGGAUUUGGAAAAAACACCCAGUUAAUGUUGACUUCCUUGGCAUCUAUAUUCCUACAACCAACCAGUAUUCUCCACUCGUCCAUGGUCUGAUAGGGCAGUUUUCUAGAGAACCUGAUGUUAACGUGUAUGAUGUCCGUGAAGGAGUGGACCCUCUAAAGAAGGAGGCUACAAUGGAAGUGAAAGGCAGUCAACUUCAGGUUACUAGGGGCUGGCAGAAGGACUACAGGACUGAAAAGAAACAUGGGUCAAAUGUCUACUGCUGGUUUGUGCACAAUAGCGGGAAAGGAUUUAUUGAUGGUCACUACUCUGAUUACAUUGUCCCAGAUCUGAGCAGUUUUCUCCAGAUGAAUUAGGUGGUCUCACAUGUUUUUUUUUAUUACUCCUCAUGGCUUAUGUAAUGAAUAAAA